UCAAACCAUUGUCAGUUCCCAAAUACUUUUCCUCUGUGAUUUGUGUAUUGAGGCAUCUUUAGGACCUUGGUGUGGGUUAAGUGAUAGUGCAAUGGGGGUGGAACCUAUGUAUAUUGAACACCCAUGGAUUUACUCAAUCGGAUUGAUGCUGACACCCUUUGUGGUGGGAGGCCUAGGAUUGUUGGCUUACUACAUCUACUGGAAGAAUUCAAGACUGUACAUUAUGGGUCAGAAGAUUCCAGGACCACCGAUAAUUCCGUUUUUCGGAAACGCACAUAUAGUUAUAGGAUUUAGUACCCAUGAGGUCUUCAAUAUAUUCACGAAAUUGAGUAAUAUGUAUGGGGGCGGUGAAGUGGCAAGGAUAUUCAUCGGAAAUAAACUUGUAGUUUUCCUAACGAACCCUAAUGACGUAGAGAUCAUCCUCAACAGCAAUGUCCAUCUGCAGAAGUCUGAUGAGUAUCGCUACUUCAAACCCUGGCUCGGUGAUGGUCUCUUGAUCAGUUCCGGAGAGAAAUGGAGGAAUCAUCGAAAGAUUAUUGCACCGGCCUUCCAUCAGAACGUCCUCAAAACCUUCGUUAACAUCUUCAAUAGCAAUAGUAGGGCAGUUAUUGAGCGGUUAGCUAAGGAAGAGGGUAAGGUGUUUGAUGUCCAUGAGUAUAUGAGUGAGGUAACAGUAGACAUUCUCCUGGAGACGGCAAUGGGAACGGAGAGAGCAACCCAGAAUCACGAUGGUUUUGAAUACGCCAUGGCUGUUAUGAAAAUGUGUGACAUCAUACAUCGGAGAACCUACAGGGUUGACCUAAGGUAUGAUCCUCUAUUCUACUUCACAAAGACUAAGAGAGACCAAGAGAAAUAUCUAGGAACAAUUCAUGGUUUGACUUCAAAAGUUUUCCGUGACAAGAAGAGGAAUUUCCAGAAGAGUCUCAGUGAGGGACAUAUGCCAAAACCGAGUUUUGAAGAGAUCAUAGCCAAUACGAAAAACUCGGAAACUACCAACGGUUCGACGGCUAGUAAAUUGUACAAAGGACUACGGGAUGAUCUUGACGAGCAGGACGAAAAUGAUGUUGGGGAGAAGAGAAGAUUGGCUUUCCUGGAUCUCAUGAUCGAACUAUCUCAUGUUGGACCUAAGCUGAGUGACGAAGAGAUCAAGGAAGAGGUGGAUACCAUUAUGUUUGAGGGUCACGAUACGACAGCUGCGGGAUCGAGCUUCUGUUUGUGCCUUAUGGCCAUCCACAAAGACGUUCAGGAGAAGGUUUAUCAAGAACAGAAGGCGAUCUUCGGUGACUCAGACCGCUUCGCUACCUUUGCCGAUACCGUUGAAAUGAAGUACUUAGAGAGGGUCAUUCUGGAAUCCCUAAGACUCUAUCCCCCAGUUCCUAUAAUUGCCAGGAAAGUCAAUGAAGAUGUCAAGAUCGUAACUGGAGGUCAUGUCAUCCCUAAGGGUACAACAGUUGUAGUAGGAACUUAUGUGGUUCAUCGAAGACCAGAAAUUUAUCCCAAUCCCACUGUAUUCAAUCCUGACAAUUUCCUCCCGGAAAAGACCCAAAACCGACAUUACUACAGCUACAUCCCCUUCUCUGCAGGACCCAGAAGUUGCGUAGGCCGGAAAUUUGCAAUGCUUAAACUGAAAGUACUUCUAUCGACAAUCGUGAGAAAUUUCCACUUAAAGUCAAAUCUCACAGAGGAAGACUUCCAGCUUCAGGGAGACAUUAUUCUCAAGAGAGCUGAUGGCUUCAGACUAGAGAUCGAACCGAGGAAGAAGGCAGCACAGUGAUCCACUGUGAAGGAAUUUUAUGGCAAUGUCUGUACCAUUAUCAUUAUAGGGUUAGUAUCGUAAUUAAAUAAUAAUAAUCUAUUCAAUAAAAUCUUCUCUUAAUACCAAUUAACGUAUCAUUGAGUUAAUGUAGAUAAUUAAAACAUCUCAGGAGUGCAAAAAUUGCUCUAGAGCGCACAUCUUGUUAUUUUAAUGUCUAAAAGAGGUUGAGUUGAAAUUAAAACGUGAUUUUUGUGCUAUAGGGGAACUUGUGGUUAUAACAUUUCUUUUGGGAUACAAUUUAGUGUCAAAAUUUAUUUUGUUUAACAUUGUAACAUUUUGCAAAUGGGUUUUUGAGAAAGAAUUUAACAAUAAAAAUUAAAUGAGAUAGUUUAUACCGUUCCCAAUUUUUAGUAUUCAAGCAUUAUAUCCGAUAGACUUAAUGAUGGAAUUAUCAAGGUUAUUUUUAUUUUAUAAUUUUUUUUGUAUGUAAAUAUUUAGAAAUUUAAAUAAAAUAAAUUCAUAGACAACAAA